UAUUAAGACUCUCUUCCUUAUCUUAAACAUAUCCUAGGAGCACAAUAUAUUGGUAUGAGUCUUGCAACAGUCAUAUGUGAAUGUUCAUUAAACCACUGAUUUUCUACUUGGCUGUUCGUAAGUUUGUUUGUGUACAUCGGGAGGCGCAACAAAUAUUUAUGGGCGUAAAUACAGAAUACAAGGCUAAUUUAGUAAAAACCAGGGUAAAUGUUCCAGUCACUUUGCUUCACAUAUACUGGGUCUGUCACUAUAAGCUAUUUUUAAUAUCAGAAGGCUGGGAGGGGUUUACUGAACCUUCAAAACCUUCACUGGAAUGUCAUUGGAGUGACAAUUAAUCAAUAAGAGAGAUGAUUUCCAACAGCAAUACCGUAUUUAGUAGUUUUGUAUUAGAUAGUGACUUCGGUUUCAAGUAUUUCCUUGAAAUUGUUGGUACAAAAAUUACCCUUUAGUUAUGAAUUAUACUUGAAAGGAUUAUAGUGGUUUAGUGAGGGGACAACAGGCUAAUUCAGUUGCCAAUAAGAGUGAGUACAUCAGGAAAGAGUAUGCGUUGGGAAAAUCCCUCAAAGGACUGAAGUACAAGAAACAGAAAAAGGAAAACCGAAUGUUUUGCAAAGUUUAUAAAGAGAAUCAGAAGAGGCUUGAAAAAUAUACAACUUAAGUUUAUGUUUGUGUAAGUUAUGAAUCUGAUUUACAACUAAAUUAUUCAAGGUAAAGUUGAUUUUUUAUCAACCAUCAAAAGAAGUUAUUGUCGGGCUUGAGCCUUAUCCUCUCAGCAGUUCUUUCUACGAUACUACCCUUGGCUUAUUUGGCCUAGAUGGGUAUGUGCUGCUGAUUUAGGGUGGUGACCAUUUCACCCUUUAGAGUCUUGAACAAGGUGUCUGUUUGGGUUGUGAAGGUUGAAGAAGAACUCACUGUGGUCUAUAGAGUACAGUCUAUGGGUACCACCAUUUUUCCCCCAAGUUUUGCCAUGUUUCUAAGUUUAAAAGCUACCUUAAUUCUGUAUGCUAAAGGAAAUGAAUCAGGAUUAUAAAAUAAGGUCUCUUGGCUUAAAAAGGGUAGGGAAAUGCACAAUGUGUCCUACUACCCAUACUCUCUCUCAGUGUAAGCCCAAAUUUAAUUCCCUUUUACCACUUGUUGUAACAGCAAAGUCAGUGAAGGUUUAUGGUCGCUGAAAAAUAUUUUUGCCAGCCUCAACACAAGUUUCUAACUGUUAUUGUUGACUGCAAAUAAUAUUUUCUUAAUAAUCAUUUUACACUUUUUUCCAUGGCAUCCUAUGGUGUUUUCAAUAUCCACUAGUAUAAGACAAUUUUUAAGUUGAGAGGGUUUACUUUGAUUUCAUUAACAGUGAACUACAUUUUUACACAGACACACACUAACCUGGCAGGUUGAUGUCCAUAGGUGUAAAACAUUACAUGCAACUAUAUGGCAAAAACUGAUCUCAGUGGCCAAAGGAAAGGCAAAAAUAGACAUGCAAUAAUUUUUUAAAUUUUGUACAUUCCCUUUGAAGCAUAUUUUGCCAGGUGUAGUCCUUGUCAAACAUGCAAACUUGAACACCUAUUUUCUGAGCUUAGCUAAUCUUUUUUAAACCAUACUCUCGUUCCAGUGGGUAGUGUAGUCUUUGGAAUAAAAUAUUUAUAAUUUCUUCCUCUUUGUUUGCAACAAAACAAAACACAAUGGAAUGAGGACUGAAACUGAAGGCAGUGUAGUAACUGCUGUCAUGAAAAGAAAAUUUCAAACACACAAAAUAAUUACCCUUUCAUUUGCCUAUAUUCAUUUCUUAGAAAUUAGGGUAAAGUUUAAAUUAAAUCACACGAAGACAAGAUCAUAUCAAGAGUGAAUGAUCUCUUGGCAAAAUUUAUUUAGCUUCUGGUACAUAACAAAAUACAUGAACUACGAGAUUUGACCAUAUGCCACUCAAUCAUCCAACGCAAAACUCUGCCAGGAUAAGUUCACAAACAAGGAUGAAGAAUUAAGAAUCUCAAUCAUCAUUUCUUUUCGUCUUAAAGGUGUAAUAAAACCGUAAACAACUACUUGACCACGGCCACCGCGCUUUUUUUAAUAUCACGAAGGAUUAAUUUUCGGCCUUUCACUUGAAAAUAUAAACUCUUCUACAUACGCAUUGGAGGGUUGGCCCUUCUUCUAGUCUUGUGGGUCUUUUUAACAGAAACACAGCUUGAAAGCCUGUAGUGAGCCAAAAGGUCGGGCAUCGAGGAACAUGUACAGUAACUGUUCACUGGUCUUGUUCUUAGCGUAGUAAACCGCAUGUAAUGCCAACCGCAAGACCAGAAGAAAGGAAAACGUAAGCUCGACAUUACUGCCGAAAAAAUCGGUUACAGCAAAGAAAACAAUGACUAACAGGACCAAAAGCGAAUUCACUUUACACUGUCGAAUCGCUGCGAAGACGAACUUCUUGUUGUUGUUCCCAGCCCGUUUCGCGCAUGCUCGCUACAGUUCUCGAAUGAUUGACAGAUUUCUUAAGUGGGGGCAGCGGGGGAGGUAGUACUUGGUGUAAGACUGCGACAUUUUGGGCAGUCUUACACCAAGUACUACCCCUGGGGCGAUCAUGGAGAGCCGAAAGGCGGCAAGAUCAAAGGCCGUUGCCAGCCCCCCCCGGGAACACCUAAUCGCAGGAAUUUUUGACCGGUCGAAAAUUCGUGCGGUACCGGGUAUGAGCGUAGCCUAAGUCGUAUGUUGAAAGACUGGUUCUGGCAGGUUUUUCACAGUAAAAUUGCCUAAAGUCCACCUCGAGUGUGGGAAAAAGAGUUUUUACUAUCAAGGAGCCAAGCUUUUUAGUGAACUCCCAGAGAAUUUUAUUUAAGAAAGCGCUAAAAGCACUAAACGUUUAUCGAUCGUUUUAACCAUAGUAUAGUCAUAGUCUUUUGGCAUUUAUCUUAUACUCAUAGUCAUCAAGCGUUCUAUCGUAUCCUGUUCUUACCUUUCUAAAGUUUAGUUGAUUAUUUUUUAAAGGACCCCAUUGAUGACGACAACAGUGUUUUUAUACACUGCUGGGUUUUUGAUCCUGUUAAAAUAUUCUUAAUAUUUAUUGCCAACGAGCCAUCCGAGCGAAGACGCUCGGAUGGCGAGGCGGCAGCAGAAUAGAGCCGCGUAAGACUGGGCAAUAGGCAGAAAAAUUCUCGAUCGAGCUGAAAAAAGUGUAACCCAAUGUAAUGUAGAUUCCCCCGAGACCAAGUGGUCAGUUGUGAACCAAUCAAAAGGCAGUACCUGGCGCACGGGCUCAAGUUGAAUAACAAACAAAAUUUCACACACUUCCAGCCGUCGUGACCUCCUGUGUUUAUUGACCGAAAUUUUUUCGUCAAACCCGGCCACCGCAGUCAAGAGACAUGAGCACUUGAUAUAUUCUAUUAAUUUUAGGGGCCAUAAUGUUAAGUUUUAACGAAGAGAAGUUUGUAAAACAGCAAAAGUGUUCUAUGUGUAGCAAGCAAUAUUCUCACCACUAAAAAGGAUCACAUUACACGAGGAGAUAAGGAAAGCUUGACACGAAGAAUGCAGUCGCUUCUGUUGGAAAGUCUAGUGUUGGGGAAAAAAUCUAACCAGCAAACAAAAACAAUGAGAACAAAAACGAAUUACAAGCCUAAAGCGAACGACAAAGGAAAAGAAAACAACGCCAUUUUUUUGGGAAACCUGGCCGAGUUCAGUAUAAAAAUAAUGAACUAAAAUUAAAUACCGCCGUGCCGUACAUCGCAUGUCCUUGGAAACAUUUCAGAUGGCCCAGCGAAUCAUUCUAAGUUUCAAUCUGAUAUCAAAAAGCCUCGGGAAAUUUGAAAGGAGGUUUAAAUGAUUAAACUGUGCAAAUAUUUAUCAACAAUGUGAAACCGAACCGACAGUAGAUUUGUAGCUGGACUUAAUAAUAUUCCCGAUCGCUUCCUCUGCAAAGCUGACUUUAUUCUUUCAAGGCACUUCACACUUUUACAUAGCAGGUUUGUAAAGCCACCAGACUGAAUCUGAGAACUUUUCAAGAAAACAAUCCUUGCAACAGGAAUGGACCAAGAAACGGUCAGAUGGGGAAAAAAAGGAAUUUUAUUCCUAAGCAAAAUACGCAUGAUUUGCUCGUUGGCACUCUAUCGAUAGGUAUACCUAGUUUAUUUAUUUAUUCAUUAUUCGAGAUAGAGAUGGUUGUGGAAGCGUCAAUCUUCAGGGCAAAUGAUUUAUACCAGAGAAUAUAAUUUUUUUAGGAAGACAUCUGGAUGGAUAGAUUUUUGUUUAUCGUUUCAAAGUUAUGAAUGGUCAAAGUCAGCCUGGCCGAGUACUUUGUCUCUCCCCUCCCCACCCUUCCCCAAAUUGGCAAAACUAAGCGAGCAGGACAAACCUGCUGUGACACAAUCGCUGUUUUAGACUUCGGUUGUUGCGUUUACCAUUUAAGUGGGCAAACCAGUCAAUUGACGGUUUCGGUAAAUGGUACGCAAAAUGCAGGACUGCUAAAUUUUGUCGCGAAAUAGCGUUUGUCAUUUGUUCAACUCAGUUCCAUUUCCCGAGAAACGACAACAAAGGCAUGAAUCUGGUAUCAAAGAUGGCUUUGAAGAAAUGGAACAUGAAUUUCCGUUUGGAACAUUCCGUCCGAAAGACUUUUUGCAAACUUUUUGAAACAUUUUGCAAAACUUCAAAUGUAUGGAGUAAUAUUUUGUAUUCAAAACGGUAGCAAACAGGUAACCAAUGUAGCUCGAGAAGCAGAGGCAUGAUAUGGCACGACUUUGGGGCGCAAUAAAUUAAACGAGCACUAGCAUUUAGAGAACAAAUCUUGUGUAUAAAUAGUAAACAAAACCGGUCCGAGACAAGAACCUUGAGGGACACCCCAUUUUACGUCAAACGGCUGCGAGAGCGUCUCCUUUAAUUUUUAAUUAUGUACUAGUGCGCAGCACGCGUACACUUCCAGUGAACAUUUUCACUUGGAAGAAGGAGAAACCAUGCUCGCCUGGGGCACGAAAAUUUUCGUUGCCCCGGGCGAGCAUGGUUUCUCCUUCUUCCCAGUGAAAAUGUUCACUGGAAGUGUAAGUGUUCUGCUCACUAAUACAUCAUUAAAAAUUACUUAACUGAAACUAGCAGAAGCCACAAGAGAAACUGGGCAUAGAAGUGCAAUGCACUCAGCUCCCAGUACAGAAAUGUAGUACACUCUGCUGGUAUAGUAGAAUUCCGACUUCACUAACGCUAGAGCCCUGGUGGUUCAGUGGUUAGAACGUCCGAUCUAGUAUUCGGAAGGUCGCGAGUUUGAUUCUCGCCCGGGCCACGAAAAUUUUCGUUGCCCGGGGCGAGCAUGGUUUCUCCUUCUUCCAAGUGAAAAUGUUCACUGGAAGUGUAAGUGUGCUGCUCACUAGUACACCAUUAAAAAUUACAGAAUAUGGAGGCCUGUAAACUAUAACGAGUCGUAAACGAGAAGUAGUUCCUAAGAAGCUUAUUCCGUUUAUAAGUUUACUGGGAAACUUAUUCCGACCAUGUUUAUAUAUAUCAACAGCUCUUUACAUUUACGAUUGUUUGUAUCCCUCAGUGACCAGAGAGGCUCUUACGAUUUUACUCUCCUACAGGUGCUCCUAUACUCUGGAUAGUGUUGGGAGUUUCCGUGGCUCUUUCUGCUUUGGUGGUGGGGAUAAUUGUCUACCGUAAGAGAGCAAAGAGGAAUGAACGGUAUUUGAGAAAAUGUUAUUGUCUACAUGAAUGCUUUGUAUUAUGAUAAUGAUAUGCAUGCGGAAAUAGACGAUAUUUUUCCUGUGUAAGUGUCUGUGUGUCUUUAGUGUCUGCCCCACUCAGUCAAUUCGCGCUGGUGAGUGACCUUCCUUACACACUAAGGCAAUGUAACUUUUAUCACCUUUUAUGAACUAGAAAGCCAUCUCUGAUUUAAGUAUUACCACAAGCCCAUGAUUAAUGACGCCGAGUUUCAUCAACAUUUAAUUUGCACUAUUUUCUUUAGGUCCAUUGAGUCUGACGUUGCUGAGUUUAUGUUGCUGGAAGUCCCACACGAGCGGGUUACUAUCAUGGAGGAACUGGGACGAGGCGCUUUUGGAAGAGUCUUCAGGAGCGUGAUGAGGGGGAUACCUGAAACGAAUACAUCCUCCAAACACAAGGAUCACAGUUUGGAUUCGCAUGAGGGACGCAUUGUUGCUACAAAAGUUCUACCAGGUGCGUUAAUUCAGAAUAUGGCAAAAAGAUAACCUACUCUUUCAGCAAACGCUAUUCACAGGAGUGAUUCAUAUUUUAAAUAACAGGCAAGAGAGCCUCUCUUAUAACAGGUUCGAGUAUUUAUUCCAAUAGAUGGCAAACAUUAUAUCGUGGAAAACAGCAUCUCAAUGCCCCAGUCAAUAACAGUGUGAUGUACGUCAGGCACCCAUUUUAGAUCUUAAAUUUAGUUUCUACUUAUAUUAAUGACCUCCCUGAAUGUUCGCAAUUUACCACACAAAUUAAAGUGGAAAUAAAAACCUUCAGUGAAAUCAGAACAUUGAUAAGGUGUGCUCCAAGGUUAGUCGUUUUAUAAGUGGUCUACACUUAGGUUCGAGAUUAUGUCGCAUUAAAUGUACUAAAAGGUAUAUAGCGCUUACAUCGAUGCCCGUGUUCAAGCGAAAACCGAGCGGGCAUCUUUUAACAAAACCACGGCAGAUAUAAAAAAUGCAAAACAGAGCAUGCCGGCAUGAUCACUUCUCAAGGCUAGCUGUGACAUGAUAACAGAUUUAAAGAAUGUUAGUGCAUGCCUUCGUAAUGUGUAGAUUGGUCGUUCUCCUAUGUGAUCUUUCGAAAUACGUUAUUCACAUGUUUCAGUCACUUGAGAACUUUAUCUGAUCGUAUGUGUUUGCAAAUAUGACCACAUUAUUGCAGCUUUACUUAGAGAAUUACAUUGGUUUCCCUUGGAGCAUGAGUAGCGGAUUUUAAAUUAUUCAUGUCCGAGCUGUAAUCGUCAUUUGUUUCAAACUUACAAGUCUGUUAGGAGUUCACGAUCAUCAACCAUGAACUUGUGAAUUAGCAUAGUGACACCCAGAUCAAGGCUAAAAUUUUAUCGGGCGAUCAUGCUUUUUCGUUUUGUGCCUCUAAACUUUGCAAUGAUUCUCCAGAGCACAUACAGUGUAAAAUGGAGUUUGAAUAUUCGUUCUUCUAAGAGCAAUCUUAAUCCUUUAAAAACCUCAAAGCGUUAUUUUUAUUUCGUAGUUUUGUUUAACAAUUUUUCGUUUUUGUAAUGUUAAGAGAUACUGCUUUCUAGUCGUUUAAGUUUAAAACAUUUAUUUGAUGACGAUGACGGUGAACCGAAAACCUUUGGUGAAACUCAACUACAAAAGCAUACUGGGAUAUCCCUGUCUAUGCAGAGUCAAUGAAAGUGAGCCAGUUGGAUAGAUGCGUUAGGAUUACAAAUGUACACUCAAGGAAAGUCAUAUUACUGGAAAUAAAGUACCCGUGGGUCGAGAACAGAGGAGCAAUUAAAGCACACAUAAAAAGUGGCGUCUAAAAUUAAAGAGUCAAGUUUCCGGACUAGAAGAUCAUCCAGUAUUAGAUCAUGUUACAAAGCGUGAUUGGCGAUUGCUAGAUGAAGAGAACUGACAGUUUUUCUUUGUGACUUUGUUUUAUCAACGCCACUUAACUUAGGGAACCAUUUUUUUAGCAAAUAGAUUUUUUUUCUCAAGCAGAAAUUAGGACCUGAGCUAUUGACUGUGUAUUAUUUUCGUAGCUUAAAUAUACUUUCAUUUUAAUUAGUUCUUUUUAUCUUUACAUCUGGUUUUAGUUGUUUUAGUACUAACUGAUAUCGUGUAGUAUUUACGUAGGUCACUGUUGCUGGAUUUUCUUGAAAUGUCUUUUUUUUUUCAGAAAAUUCCACGGAGGAGGACAAACGGCAGUUAGUUCGGGAAAUUGAGCUGAUGAAGGAAGUCGGAACACACCGUAAUAUUGUGAGCAUGCUCGGCUACUGGAUCCAAUCACCUCCCAUUAUGUUAAUCAUGGAAUAUGUUCCAAACGGAGAUCUUCUUCAAUGGCUCAGAAACAAAAGGAAACAGGUAUUAUUACUUUAUCAACUGUUUAAAAAAUCCCUGCUCUCCAUUCGGAAUAGCGCUGCGCACAGGUAUUAUUUAUAGAACUGAAACUCAGACAAACGAAUUCCUCAAUUUUGUUCGUCUUUUUGUCAUUAAAAUGUCAAGUUUGUCUGACUUUUGGGAUGAAAAUAAUAAAAAUGGCAGAAGUCAGGCAGACAUUGCAAAUUAGUCACUCUCAAAGAGUGAAGAUGCGCUUAAAAAUGUAAAUAUUAAUGCAACCGGAUAUUUGUAUUUUUUCCAAAUGCGUUUAUACAGUCAGACCUUCUUCUGUUUAGAUGCUAUUCAUUUAUUUGGAAAACGGGGUUCCGUAAAUACACAUUGUCAAAACUUUGUGUUCAACAAUGAGUUCAUUAAGUCAAGCCUGACCCCGUAAGGAGAUACAAUCAGUUUAGGUUUCUGGGAAACUGCCCACCUAUCCCUCCCCUAAGCCAACAUUUUACCCUAUGUGAGAAGUAAGUAAAUCAAAUCUUGCACGUGUUUAGAAAUUUUCCAGUCUACAAACGACACUAAUCGAAGAGGACAUGGCGUCUUGUUCCAGACCUUUUCGGAAGCCUAAAAAUGCCGAGGAAGAGAGGAAGUUAUUCGAAAAUGGUACUCCAAAGUCAACAAGUGCAGUGAAAAAGUAGUCUUCGAAAAACUUUAAUUCUGGAAUGGCCGAAUAGGCGGGUAAACAAAAAACCAUUACUCGAGCCUUGUUAUUCCGAAUAUGAAGUCUUGAGUAAAAUGCUUGGACACUGCUAUAGCCAAUAUCACCGCUGAGUCACUGCUCUUUUGGCUGCUCAGGCCACUUAAGGCAUGACUAUCUAAUUAAUAUGCAUAUUUUGAUAAAACGCUAUUUAGAACGGUUUGCUUCUAUUAAUGAUCCUGAAAAUUGAAGUAAAAAUGUAGCUUAAUGGCCUUAGCAAUAUGAGUGCAUUUUAGAAGCUCAAAUUUUGGUCACGUGACUGAUAAUUGAGAAUUAACGGCCAAAAUAUUUACUCUAAAAUGGGGAAAGGAUAAUGAAGGGCAACAAGUUCUUUUAGGUACAAUUCAGAGGCUAUUAAAAAGGUUCUUAUAAAUUCGCCUUGUAUGUGUGUUUACGUUAUAUAGGAAUCGGUAAAUAAAGGGAAAGGGUCACGCGACUUAUUAAUUAGUUAAAUAGCUAAUAGGAUAAAUAACAGUUCCAAUCAUACAAGGCAAAUUUACGAUUUACACUGUUUAUGUAAAAUUUUGGUAGUGAAAAUUCCUAAGAUUAAGGUUUGCAACCCUUCCCCGUUUAGGAAAACGUGUUUUGUUACGUCAUUGACGAAGCGAUGUUACGUGUUAUUUGAAAUCACUUUUCACGUGUUUUUUUCGUUGAGACACAUUUGUAGUUCACUUUUCAGGAGCACUGAUGGAAGCAAACCGUUCCAAAUAGCAUUUACUAAAAUAUGCAUAUUUAAUUAGGUAGUCAUGCCUUAAGUGGCCUGAGUGAUUAAACUGGUGAAAGAACAAAGUUUAAUUUGCACAAUAGUAAAUUUACUGCGUAGCUUAUUUUCAGUUUUGUAGGAGCUGCUCGUAAUUUGAAAGAACAUUGAAUAUUCAGCCACCAUUUGUUGUGUCAGUUGAUGUGCAGAUAAUUAAUGAUUACAGGCCAGUGCAGUGAUAUUAUAUCUGAUAAAACACCUCAUACUAAUAAGGGAAGGCUUUAUCAGAUAUAAUGUCACUGAACGUGAUGUACGUAUUAUCGACCAUUUGAUAGUUCAAUGGGUUAUGAAUUAUUAAUGAGUUUUUGAACAUCUGCAUAGUAAUCUUUCAAUUCUUAGAGAUUCCUUUGGAACGGGUAAAAAUAUUUCGGCUAACCAACUGAUGGUGUUGAAAUUGCUUUUGCUGACGAAACUGUUUCAGACGGAAUUCAUUUCAUCGAUAUUUUUUGCAGUUUACAUUGAAAAAGAGUCGUCAAAGUGAUGUCGUUGAAAGGCUCAAGCCUCCUGUUCCUGAGAGGCCGAAAUUGGUGUCCAAGAACCUGCAAACAAAAGAUGUCCUGGAUGAAAACCUGGAAGAGGAGAACAGGGAAAGAAAUAAUGAAGAAAGUGGAAAAGACGGUGGUUAUCAUUGCAGCGAGACGAAGGAAAUUAAAAUCGACCUGGACGACGAUGAACUGAGAGGAGUUCUAAUCAACGAUGCUCCUCAAUCUGAGAUGGGACCUUCUUGCUCAAACCUGGGUUACAAAGAUGACAAGGGGGAAGAAGAAAGUGACCAUGUCAACACGUCAUUUCAACAAAAUGAAGGACAAAAGGGGCUGGUUACGUCGGUGAUGGUGUUACCUUCGAUCAAUAUUGCCCAUUUCUCCAAAGAAAAAGAGCUCACUCCUGCUGAGCCUUUAAGAAACGCCGAAGUAAAGAUCACCAUCGAGAAAAAAGAAGACAGUUGUGAGGGCAAGGAAGAUGAAGACACUUCUGGGAAAGAAGUUUUAUGUUAUGCGUGGCAGAUUGCCAAAGGGAUGGUAAGGAAUUUUACGACUGAAAUGUCUUGAGCAAUAUAGUCAUCGUUUGCAAAUCACAAAAAUCUGCCUCGUCCCCUUUUUAUGCUUUUAAUUACUACUAGUUUUUCUGUGUCUGCAAGUAUAUGCUAUCCGGUCAUGCCCAUGAGACGGCAGAUUUUUCAAGCAUUCAAAUGGCUGCGUUAAUUAUAACAGACUAUAAUAGGGCUAACUACUAUCUUGCUGAAUUUCUAGUGAAACAUAACGCAUGUAAAUUUGAGCCGUUUGAUUUUAAUUUUAAAAAAGGCCGAGAAGUCUAAAAAAUCACAUGGAGCCGUUUGUGAAGGUACCUAUUGAAAUUAAUCAGGUCUGUUUGUAUUUUCGAAAAGGUGUCUAAUGAGUACAGCCAUAUGACAGGAAUAAGACUUAACUAUUAGUUAUUUUAUUUGCGUCUUACAAGCUUAACAUUCACACCAUAACAGAAAAUAGAAAGCAAAAAGUAGAGGGAAACAAAAGAAAGGAAGUAGACAAAAGAAAAUGCAACGGUUAAAUUUGUUUUUGGGACUGGAUGAGCAGCAAGGACUAGACAAAUACUCCAGUAAUCAGAAUUUUGGAAAUCACAGUAAACGGUCUGCAAGUGGAACUGAUGGCUGAAAGGAUUGCUUUUCGUAAACGGCCACCAUGAUGGUAUUUGCUAACUAUUGUAAGCUCAUUUGAUAUAUCUGGGGGCUCAGCUGUAUAUAUGGCUUUUUGGUCUCGCAAAUAACACCCUCCCGGUGAUCCACAUAACGCUGCCUCAUCCAAUAAUUGCUGUAUAUUCAUUUGUAUGAAUGAACAUUUUUAACGAAAAAAUCUAAUCUCUAAAUGAAUAAUGUUCACUAAGGUGUGCGUUUUAGGUGACUUCGAAAUAGAUAUCAGCAGUAUAGUAAGAACCAAUAGGGUUUUUUUUUUCUUUUUCGGGCGUGGCAGUCUAAGGAGGGCUUUAUUCCACUCACCCCAAGUCUCCCUGAAAAACAGCAACGGGCUUUCUUCCGGGGUUGAAAACUUAAAAACAUUAUUUUUCAGCCAAUAUUCAUCCCUUCGAGUUAUGGAGGGUAAAAUUGUAUGGAAGUGUUCUGAAGAGAAACAAAAAUUACUUCGAGUCAGCGGGAGUUUUGAGUUAUCGAGGGUUCGAGUUACCGAGGGUAAAAUUACAGUAAAUGUAAGAAGGAAAUCCAGGGGAAAUCGAUUUUGGUUCGAGUUUGCACAGGAUUCGAGUUAGCAAGGGUUCGAGUUAUCGGAAGUCGACAGUAGUUCACUUAGCUUGUUCAACUUUGACGGUUUUUUGUGCUGAAAAGUAUACGUCGCGGGGAUUUCUUGGCCAAUUCCCUUAUUUGUUUCUUCGUUUUCCAACACUCUGUGACGGAAAUUCUCCCUCCAUUCUUCAUGAAUAGACUGACGAUCACUUCUCUCCGCUUUCCGGACCGUUUGCCUGGGACAGCUUCCAGUAGCCUGUUCCAGGCUCUCGAUAGUGGGAAUGUCGCGUAAGCGUAAGCCACCGGAAAAAUAUAAACACGUGAUCUAGGAAAAAGGGGGCGGUGGCGAGCUAUCUUGAGCCUGGAACCGACGUUUCAUUGCACUUGGUUACUUUUCCCGCCAAAUCGUUAAAUCGGGAGUUCGUUUACAACGAUAUCCCGAUUAAACUGCUAUCCCCCUGCCAUAUCGUAAAAUCGAGCUUCCACCUUAAUUUCAUAUUGACCAAUCAAAUGGAAAUUUGUGUUGAUCUAAAGGUAACGGUAACUAAAAAUUGUUUGAGAAUUAACUUUCGUUAUUUUUCUGCCAGGAAUACUUGGCCAGCAAAGGAUUCAUUCAUCGUGAUCUGGCAGCCCGUAAUAUCCUACUUGGUGAGGACAGAGCGGUGAAGAUUGCUGAUUUUGGUUUAUUACGCCACGCAAAUGAGAGUGAGAUAUACGAAGUUACGAGCGUAAACAAGCUACCAAUGAAAUGGAUGGCACCUGAAGCGUUGGAAAGCGGCAUUUUUACUUUCAAGACUGACGUGUAAGUAUAUGUUAAUGAGGUGACAGUUAGGCCAAGCUUGGGACUUGGGCUUCCUGUGAUCAUGAUGCAGUGUGACGAUGAGGUUUUAGAUAACACAGACCCUGCAAUGUACUGUUUAGAACUGUCUGGAAAAAAAAAGAGCACAAUUUUGAUCAUGACACUGUCUAUAGUUGCGGUUAUCACUCUAUCUCUAAAGAAAUACUCAAGUGUUUGGAGAACAUUAGCCUGUUCCAGGAGUGAAACUUGAAAACUUUGAACCGAUGAAGUUAAUCUGAGAUCAUCUUGGAUCCCAGAUUCCACACUCCACAUCCUGCAUUCCAGAUACUAGAUUCCGGAUUCCAACUCGGUGUAUUCCAGAUUUCAAAAGGCCCAGAUUCCAGAAUUUCAUAGUUAGCAGGAUUCCGGAUUCUAAAGUCCAUGACUCCGGCCAAAAAUUUUUACCAUCCAUGGGGCGAGAUGAGCAAAAUUGAUAUUUCUAUGAAUUUAAUUCUUGCUAUUUGUUUAUCUGCUACUUUAUUGCAGAUGGUCUUUUGGAGUUGUUUUGUGGGAACUAGCCACCAUGGGUAAGCUAGUUUUAUAAAUCGUUGUAUACUGAUGCUGGUAGAAUAAUAAUCUCUAGAGUCAUAUACCCGAGGGAAUUGAGAGGAAUCCCCCAAGAAAGUAGUUAGGGAAAAGCUGACUGUUCAGUUUUAGGAUAGCAGAUCCACGGGAGAAUCGAACAGCUUUAUAAAAGAAGCCAUUCUGGAGGGUGCCAAUGGGGUUAGCAGUUAACUGAUAUUUGGCCAAAAAACAGUAGAUAACUGAGAAUUGGGUACCCCCAUCAGCACCCUCAUUGUGGCAAAAUGUCGUGAUUGCUAAACAACUAGAAAAAAUAAUAGGCUAGUUUCCGCCGCUCUCUCGGGUCCGGUCCUGUUCCUUGUCCAGAAGAGACAGCUGUCUUUACCGGGGAGGAGCUCAGGCUCAUAAUAAUCCAGCCUAUAAUUCGUACUCUUGACCAGAACUUGACUUGAUAUCACGUGUUACUUAGCAAAAUGAACACUCAGUAAUUAUUUUUUAAGCCUCCCGGAAGUUGUAAAUUGAUAAUACAUAAUGGUAAUUGAACUGAGUGGAGAGCAAUUUGGUCUGGAAUCGUACGAUUUGAGAUCACAAGUAUGAUUUCAGACCUAAUUACAAGACACGAAGUUCAAUUAUCACUUUAUCACAGCCAUUUUAAAAUCGCAGAAUUCAAUCAGUACCAGCAGUGAUUGGCUGUGGUACCAGACAAGGUUGCUUGUUAUCCCCCAAACUCUUUAGCAUAUACUCUGAAGCCAUGCUAAGAGAUGCUUUAAGCGGUAUGAAUAAAGGUAGUAGAUUAGGAGGUCAUCUCAUAAAGACAGUGCGCUUUGAGUAUGAGUGAUCAAGCAGCCUUAUAUAGCCAGUUCAGUAACUUAUGAUGGAUAAUAUGCAGGAAACCGCGGGAGAAUAAGAAGAACAAGGUGAUGAAAAUCAGUAAGAGGCCUGGUCUUUAGGAAUUCACACUCUUUCUUGAGGGUAAACAAUUAAGUUAAGAACCGCACUUUAACUACCUCGGAAGCCUUAUUACACAGGAUGGAUCCUGUGAAAAAGAAAUUGCAUCUAAAAUAGCCCGAGAACGCGUUUACUAAGAGAAAAGAACUGCUGACCAGAGCCUUCAGCCUUUGCCUGAAGAAGAGAAUUACAGAGACUGUCAUCUGGAGCCCAAUCAUGGACCUUGAAGAAAGAGGACAUGCGAAGGCUGGAGAGCUGUGGGAUGUGGCUUUGGAGAAACGUCUUAAACAUCACUUGGUCUGACAAGGUCUGCAGCGAAGAAGUAUUGAGGCGUGUCGGUGAGGAGAGGGUCAUAUCUUUCAUCAACAGAAGACAGAGAGUCUGGCUUGGUCAUACCCUACUACAUGGUGAUCAUGUGCCAUUAGUUAUUGAGGGACGAAUACCAGGAAAGAGACCCCCUGGAAGACCCUAGCGGGAAAUACUGGAUAGAGUGAAGGAUGACAGCUCUUAGGUAGCGGUCAAGAGGCGUGCCUUUAAUAGAUCGAGAACCAUAAGGAAGGACUUGCCUGUGGGCAGAUCAAAUAGCCUGUUGAAAAGCGCAAACAAAAGGGCUUUUACAUCUCAUUUUGUAUUCGAAACAGAAAUGAUGCGAUAUAAAGCAAGGUGCGACAGUGCGACGUGGCUUAGAACAUAAAUAACGCGAUUUAGAACAGAUGUGAUUGUGUGAUUCGUAAAUAAAUCACACUACUGAGAGCCAAUCAGAUUUCAGGGAUCACCAGCGAUUUCAAAAUGAAAAAUUAGAAAAGCCUGAUAAUCUUUGAUAAGACAGCACUGAUCUUUAUUUUGUUAUUUUAGGGGGUACUCCAUACCCUGGGAUAAGCCCCAUGAGGCUAUGCAGUUUACUUAAAUCUGGAUAUCGGAUGGAGAAACCCAACACGUGCAGCGAUGAAAUGUAAGUCAGAAUAGAAACAAUAACAGACGUCUGAAUAGAAGGCACGAUGAAGAAAUACUUGCAUAGUCCUUCAAACAGUUUUUUUUUCCUUAAAUUGUCAGCCUUUUCAAAGGAGUGGAAACUGCAGCGCGCCUCUUUCCUUUACGUUGCCCCAUUCUAAAAAGAGCCUAUGGAACAUAAGUGUCUUCAAUAUUCAAAGUAAAUGGAGACAUAUCUUUGUGUAGCGGUAUUUUAAACUAUGGCUUCCUUGUUCAACAGACACAAAUUGACGAUGGACUGCUGGAAGGAGGAUCCAAUUGAACGACCCUCAUUCGUUCAACUAAUACCGAUACUGGAAGAGAUGAUGACAGAAGAUACCCCUUACUACUAUUUCAGACUGUUGGAUCAGAACCAGCCAUAUUACCGUGAGGCAUCCGCUACUAACACCAGUAAAACUAGUACUCUUGAUACGAAGCUGUAA